CAGGCACUGGCCCGGCACACACACGCAUUGAGACACAGACCUCCAGACAGCCAGCAGCUCCUGGUGCUUGGCAGCGUCUACUUGCGUCUCCAGUAGAAGAAGGCAUCCCAGCGCAGGCUCUCCUUCAAGAUGAUGCUGAAGGUAGCCUUGCUAUGUGUCUAUGCAGCAUCCUGCGUUGGGCUUCUGGCAGCAGCUGCGGCAACGGGCAGGUCGGACAGAGGCAAUUUUCUGGAUGAUAAACAAUGGCUAACCACGAUCUCCCAGUAUGACAAGGAUGCCGGCCACUGGAAUCGAUUUCGAGAUGAUGAUUACUUCCGCACUUGGAGCCCUGGCAGACCUUUUGAUCAAGCUUUAGAUCCAGCUAAAGAUCCAUGUUUAAAAAUGAAAUGCAGUCAUCAUAAAGUUUGUAUUGCUCACAAUCAAGAGACAGCAGUGUGUGUCAGUCAAAGGAGACUUACACAUAGAAUAAAGGAAGCUGGUUUAAAUCAUAAAUUUUGGAAAACUACUUCUCCCAACUGUAAACAAUGUCCAGUAGUUUACACAAAUCCAGUAUGUGGAUCUGAUGGCCAUUCGUAUUCUUCCCAGUGUAAACUUGAAUACCAAGCAUGCAACUCAGGCAAACAAAUCUCAGUGAAGUGUAAAGGACAAUGUCCCUGUUCAUCAAGCAAACUAAGAAAUUCCAACAAAAAUAAUAAAAGAGUUUGCACUGAUCUUGAACUCAGAGAAUUUGCAAACCGACUGAGAGACUGGUUUAAAGCUCUCCACGAAAGCGAAUAUCAAAAUGAGAAGACUAAAGCCGCACCACGGCUGGAAAGAAGCAGGUUUGACACAAGUAUUCUGCCAAUUUGUCGGGAUUCUCUUGGGUGGAUGUUUAAUAAACUUGAUAAAAAUUCCGACCUGCUGCUGGAUCAGUAUGAGCUUGGAAGCAUUUAUAUUGACAAGAAUGAACAAUGUACUAAGGCCUUCUUCAAUACAUGUGACACAUACAAGGACAACUUGAUAUCUAACAAUGAGUGGUGCUAUUGUUUCCAAAGACAGCAAGAUCCUCCUUGCCAGACAGAGCUUGGUAAUAUUCAGAAACAGCAAGCGGGAAAGAAGUUUCUUGGGUACUACAUUCCAGUGUGCGAUGAAGAUGGCUAUUACAAACCAGCCCAGUGUCACAGCAGCACUGGUCAGUGUUGGUGUGUUGAUAGAUAUGGCAAUGAAGUUAAAGGAUCAAGAAAAAAUGGAGCUGCAGAAUGUGGAGCUGACUCAGAAACUUCAGGGGAUUUUGGCAGUGGAGAUUUUGCUGAAUGGUCUGACGAUGAAGACGAUGACGAAAUGAUGAAUGAUGAAAAAGAAAUUGAGGAUGAUGACGAUGAGGAUGAGGAUGAAGGUGGUGAUGACGAUGAUGAGGAUGAAGAUGGAUAUAUUUGACACGCCACAAAGCAAACAAAUUCUAUUUUUCAUGUCUAAAAAAGACAUCACUUAGGAAAUAUCUUUGCUCACUUCACUACCAAUAAAAAAAAGGAUUUGAAAACAACAUGUAUAUUUUGUAUGACCAUACCAAGUAUUAAGCUGGAGUCAUAGACUAAUGUUUAAGAGUCAUUUAUGUGCUUUAAGCUUUGAUAUGCUUUUGACAAGAAGAAAAUGUUGGGAAUAUAACCUAAGGAAAAACAUACAUACAAAUGUAUCUGUGAAGAUAAACAAAAAAAAUACAGCAAUCAGUUUGAAGGACUUUGGUAAUUGUUUGGGCAUCCAAUUGUUAGGCUUACCCAAACAGCAAAAAAUAUAUUCAAAAACAGUAAAGACUCCAUUGAAAAAAAUGGUCACAGUUACUAGGUCUUGCUAUACAAAUGUCAUAGAACUCAUUUUCUAACUAUAAGGGGAUUUAUGGAACAACUUACCCUAGUGUAGGUAAGUUUUGCUUUUUGACUAUUUUUGGCUCAAGACCCAAACCACAUAGGCCACCAUGUUGGCUUAAGGAAGAGUCCAAAUAAAAAAUGCUAAUCCAUUAAAAGUGUGAGUGGUAACACUGUCUGCCCAUAGUUUAAGGUGUUUUUGUUUUACAAUCAGGCCCCGGAGCAAAAAAGGGGAUUAAUGUACUAGUAACAAAUUAUGAUGAUAAAAUGUGUAUUCAUAUAUCUACAUUUAUUUUUGUGAUAAAAGCUCAGAAAUAUUAAAACUAUGAAAAAAUACUAAAACUGACACUAUAUGCAGAAUUGUAUUUGCUUUGUAAGCUUUUUGGUUUGUUGUCUUUUUAUAACUUGUUCCCCUAUUACAUUUUAUUUUAGGAGUCAUUUGUAUAUAUCUUAUCUAAUCAGACAGCAUGAUAUAUAUGUUAUAGAUACCACAGUUUGUGCAUAAGAGUGGUCAUCUAACCACAUUUCAGCAUCAAGUACAAAA